UGAACUUUACUCUUCCAUAAUGGGCGAGUUUCACAUUACACACAAAUACAUCCUCAACAACGAUGUGCGGUACAUGUAUAGCGGCUACCCCAUCGCCAUGAAGUACCGCGGCAGUGGCGACUAUCCCAACUUUGACAUGUUGAGGAUCAGCAGGGAAAACUCGGAUCUAAAGAAAAACAUUUUGAAAUCUUCUGACUUUAAGACGGAUUGUAGAUACCUGGUCCCGAAGGCGCCUGCUCUGAGGAACUACUCUCGGCAUGCCGUUAACGGUGUGGUAACGAGACUGAUGAAGCCGACCAUCGCUCGGGUCGGAGUGUCGGACGAAAAUAUCGAUUUGCUACGAUGUAAGGUGGAUGUGGUUGAGGAAGACAAGUCGGACAAGUACCUUAGUUACCGUAGACUCCCUAAAACACAAGUUGACAAUAUUGUGGACAGACUAUUCGGCCGCAACACUCAGAUGAGUGCCAUGAAAAGGCGGGAAAAGUUUGACCUAACGCGGGACGGAAAAAUGACGCUGUUCCGUGAGGCAAGCAUCCCCCUCCCAAUGGUUCAGGCGUGAUUGUAUCGACUAUGACAGGUGUCUUGCUGGCAGUCUCGCCAUCCAUUCGUCAAUUACGUCACACUGGUCUCCGACAAGAAGACUAGACUACCAUACAACCUCCGGAGUAGUAGUUCGGAUUAUGUACACUCCUAUACAAGUCGGGCUUCCGAAAUAUUUUCUUACAUACAUAAUGGAUGAAAGUGACAACUCCUUUCUAAAGAGAGCCAACAAAGGACUAAGAAAAGUGAAAAACUUCAAA